CGUAGCCAGGCUGUGCUGGUUUGAAAAUGGUCAGCAUUCUAGCAGCAAGUAUCAUAGGUAUCUUGUUCUGUAGGUGGUUGCGAGACGCAGGUGGUAGCUAACUCGAGAGUAGAUGCUGCAAGGAUCGAACUGCCACCUUUAUUUCUGGCCGAGGUCAUCCUCCUGUCGGCUCGGUUUCGUUUCCUUUUGACAGCAUCUGGGGUGCUAUUAGGUGGCGUGUUUCUCCCUUCGACAGCAUCUUUCUUUCUUACGUCAUCUUCCUGAAUCUGUGGCCAUGGCUCCUUCAAUAAGUCUAGAACGUGCACCGUUAACCUCCCGAAGCCUACAUUCCGAAACCAUGCUCGACUUAGUGAAGAUCCGUGUUUCAUCCUCUACAAUCUCCUCCCAUACAUUCUCCAGCCUCCCCAGUCGAUCCUCGUUACUAGCGUAUCCGCGCCAAAUCAAUGGCGUUCCGUUGCUCUUUUCACGCCCAGCAUUGCUCGGCCAGUCCGUGCUUCGCGGGCCAUUCAGCCGACGCCACGUGUCCCAGUCGUCAGCCGCGCGCAGAGGGACGUCGGCAGCAGGCGCGCCGCAGCAGCAGCAGGCGGACGGGGCGGCGGGGGAGUGGCGGCGGCGAUGGGAGCCCUCGGAGCGAUUCGCGCUGUCGUUCGCGAGCCAGAUGGGCGACGACAUGGAGAAGACCGAGGCGCAGCUCCUCCUCAUGCGCCUGUACCCGGACCUCAACCAGCUGUCGGCGGGGGACCGCGUGGCGCAGCGUGUGAAGCGGAUGGGCGGCGACGUUCGGCAGCUAGUGGAGCAGCUGUGGGGGGAGGUGGAGGAGAUGGAGCGGGGGCGCAUGCAGGCGCGGGGGGCCAGGGGGGGAACAGGGGGAGCAGGGGGAGCAGGGGGGGCAGGGGGAGCAGGGGGAGCAGGGGGGAGAACUGGAACGGAAGUUUCCGCAACUGCCUCCCCUGUUUCAUCUGCCGUUUCAUCUGCCGUUUCAUCUUCCAAUGCAGCGGCCGCAACGCCGCCCGUGAAACCAAAAAGGCCAGCCCCGCCGCUCGUCUCGCCGCCCAGCCACCCAGCCCGAGCCGCCCCAUCCCUUCCUGCUUCCCCCAGCGCAGCUUCACAAACGGACAAGAAACUCCGCACUGCCGCCCGGCCGGAUACAAUUCCGGUUCUGAUUCGGGCGGUAAGGCCGUCCCAGAUGUACGGCGAGGGCGGGGUUAAAGACACUCUUCCCCCUGAAUUUAGGGGGGUGGCAGCGAUUAUCGAGCCAGUUAAAGUGCAGAGGAAGGGGGGUGGGGGGAAGGGGGAGGGCGGGGAAGAAGCAGCAUCAGCAGCAUCAACAGCAAUACCAACGGCUCCACUGACCCCACCCCCCAGACGACCAGGUUUAGCAGUUGCAGCAGCCUCAAGUGCAGUUACAGAGGUGAAGAGUGCAGAGGAGAAGGAGAAGGAGGAGAAGGAGAAGAAGGAGAAGGAGAAGAAGGAGAAGAAGCAGGAGGAGGAGCAGGAGAGGGAGGAAGUCUUGCCGGCGUUACAGAGGCCGCCAGGGUCAGGGGCGGCUGCGAGUGCGGCAGAAGAGAAGGAGAAGAAGAAGAAGGAGGAGAAGGAGCAGAAGCAGAAGGCGGAGGCACGGGAGGAAGUCUUGCCGGCGCUACAGAGACCACCGGGGUCAGGGGGGGCUGCGAGUGGGGCGAUGACUAGCAGUGGGGCUGCGAAGGAAGGUGGGGAGGAGAAAGGCAUAAAAGGAAAGGCAAAGGCGGAGGCAAGGGAGGAGGAAAGGGAGGAAGUCUUGCCGGCGUUACAGAGACCACCGGGGUCAGGGGGGGUUGUGAGUGCGGCAGAGCCAAGCAGUGUGGCUGGCAAGGGCGUGGGGGGAAAGAAGCAGAAGAAGAACAAGAAGGAGGAAAGGGUGGAAGUCUUGCCGGCGGUACAGAGGCCAGCGGGGUCUGGGGGGGCAGAGGAGAAGGAUAAGAAGAAGGAGCAGAAGCAGAAGGAGGGGGAAAGGGAAGAGGUUUUGCCGGCGUUACAGAGGCCGCCAGGGUCAGGGGGGGCUGUGAGUGGCGCAGAGCCCAGCAAAGCCAGUGCGGCUGUCAAGAGCGUGGCAGAGAAGAGACAGGAGGAAAGGGACGAAGUCCUGCCGGCGCUACAGAGGCCAGUGGGGUCAGGAGGGGCUGUGAGUGCGGCAAAGACUACUUUUGGAGAGAGCACAGCUGGUGGGCCUGCUUCUGCUGCUGCUGCUGGUGGCGCAGCUCCUGAUGGUGCUGCUGGUGGCGCUGGAAUAGCAGGGGCAGCGGAUGGAGAGGGUGAAGAGGCGGUGAUGGGGUCUGUUGACAGGGUGACAGUUAAGAAAGUCAGCGUAACGAAGGCCCCUUCCCGACCCCAAGCUGCUAGGGCUGCCGCCUCUGUGUCUUCCAUUGCAGCAUCAGCAUCCCAAAGAGGAGCAGAAUCAACAGCAGCAGCAGCCACGCAAAGCGUGACAGGAGAGAGGAAGAUAGAAGGCAGCAAAGGGGCACGUGGCGAAGGGAAAGGCGAAGAGAGCGGAAAGGAGGAUGCGUCAAGAGAGCAAAAGAGGGAGGAUGAGGAUGGAGGGAGAGGAGAGGAGGGAGGGGGCGAAGGGUGGUCGACGAUGGUCCAGGAGGCAGUGAGGAGGGAGGAGGCGAGAGAGAGAAGGCAAGCAGCACUUCUGCAGUCGUCUCCUUCCCCUGCUGCCAUGGCUGCUGCCAUGGCUGCUGCUGCAACUGCUGAAGAAGCAGCAGCUGAAAAUGUUGAGAUUCCUGAGAAACGAUUCCCCAAGUCCGUCAAAGCCAGCGGGCCCCAAGGCGUGACUCCCCUCCCCAAGGGCCUUCCCCCCGCCGUCACCCCUCCCCCUGUUGACCUGAGGCGAUCCCGGCCCGACUCCCCCCGUCCGCGGCUCCCUCCCAAGCCCCGCCCUGUGCCCUCUUCACCUGCUCCCGCUCCUGCCUCUGCCCCUUCGCCUGCUGCAACUGCGGCCGCUGCGGCUGCUGCUGCUGCUGCUGGUGCUGGUGCGGCUGCUGCUGCCCCCUCUGCUGUUCCUGCUGCCUCUCGGGCGUUUUCUCCUCCUGCUGCUCCUGCCGGGUCCGCUGGUGCUGCUGCCGCUGCUAGCGCUUUGCCAAGAGCUGGUGUGAGCGGUGAUUUGCUGGAGGGACUCAAGCUGUGGGGACUUAAUACCACGCCUGAGGACGAGCACCCCAUAGAACAGGCUGUGAAGGAUCGCACAACCGUGACAGCUAAAGUCGUCAGCUGCAAUUACGGCGGCCUCGUGCUAUCCAUCAGCGGCGUCCAAGCCUUCCUCCCAGCCAGCUACUUGCUGCCGGAGCUUCGAAGGUGGAGUUUCCGAGGCUGGCUCCGAGCCAAGGGGCACGACCCUAACCUGUUUGGAGAGAGGGAAGAAAGCGGUGGAGUAGAGGGGGGAGGGGAGGGUGUUGAGGCGUUGAAGGCGCAACUGAGUGCAGAGUACACCCAAGAGAAACUUGCUCUCUUCUCGACUUACUUGGGGGAGGACGUUCGAGUGAGGGUCGAGAGGUGUGACUAUAGGGCCCGCUCUGUGUUUGUGACGCAAAGGGGGGCUGAUCUGGAGGACAAAGAGAGGCAGGAGCGAAGGGAGCAAUUGCAGCACCGGCUUGAAGCAGGAGAUAUUGUAACGUCUACAGUAGUGUACAUCGGCGACAAGAACAUGACAGUUCAGGUGGAGGGCGUAAACAUCAUGAUUCAUUACGACAAAAUCCCUCAGCUGCAGGAAGGAACAGUGGACACGUGGCCCUUUCCUAUUGGCCAGCCCCUACAGGUGCGUGUGCUGCGCAGCAAGCCCGUCGACAAGCGGCUAGUGGUGGCAGUGGAGCAGGGGCGGCAGGGGCAGCAGGGAUGGGGGCAGUCGUCCCUCGCACCACUGUCGGAGCUCCUCAAGUCAUCUGAAACGGCUGCUUCUGGCCCAACCAGUCCUCCAAGCUUUGAGGCAGCAGCAGAGCUAGAAGCAGUGGCAGCCAACCUCAGAGCGACACCUGGCAUAGCCUCGGUGAAUCUGGGCCGUGUGAUCAGAGGAGGGGCAUUGGCUCCUGGAUUUCAGAUAUUCCUGGCCUCACAGUCCGACAAAGGGUGCAAGCUUAUUGCACGAUCAGGGCUGACCAUUCAAGAGGUGCUUGUGGAAGCAAGCCUUGAGAAGGAUGAAAUGAAACAAGCGAUUCAAGCAGCGACUGGGCAGUUGUGACCAUGCUGGAAUGUUGAGAGAAUUGAACCAGGUCAGGUGGCUAGCUGCAGUAGGCUACGCUAUGUUACGCCAUGGAUUGAAAUUAACCACCAUGCCUGGUUCAUCUAGCUUGGUUGAUUUGGGAAAAUAUAAUUCUUUCUCACGAGAUGGUUGAUGAGAUUAAGUGCCA